CCGCAGCGCCCGGCCGCGGCUUUAAACCUCGCACCGGGGAGGGGAAAGUUGAGGUGUGUGGGGGGGGAGGACACUUUUGCUCAGCCGCCUCCCCGGGACGAGGCUUUUUUUCCCCCAAUCUCCACGCCGCCGGCUAUCGCCGGAGGGAGUAUAAAGCAGCUCCCGGGGGCAGCGGGGAAAUAAAUUAAAUAAAAAAAAAAAGUGGGGCUGGCCCCGCCGACACCUCGCACGGACCCCCACUCCGGAGCUGGGAGAAAGCCGGCGAGGCGCUCGCUCGCCCGUCAGCCGGUCAACGACCUAACUAAGCCAACCGAGCCAAGGAACCCGACCCGCGCGCCUUCGCUGCGCUUUGGCCGAGCCCGGCCUCUCGGCUUGAGGAGGCGGGGGUCCUCAGCCCCUCAAGAGGGUCGCGUGAGGAGAAAAAGGAGGAGGAGGAAGAGGAAGAAAGUCGUCUAGUGGGGGAAGCCGCCUCGAGCUCGCUUCCCUCGGCUCCCCUCAGCCUGCCUGCCCGGAUUUCCGAAAAGUUGCCAAGAAGCGACAGAGAGUGAGGGGGGAAAGAAAGAAAGGAAGGAAGGAAAGAAAGAAAGAAAGAAAGAAAGAAAGAAAGAAAGAAAGAAAAAGAAAGAAAGAAAGAAAGAAAGAAGGAAGGAAGGAAGGAAGGAAGGAAGGAAGGAAGGAAAGAGUUAGCGAAGAAGAAGAAGAAGAAGAGCCCGGCUUCGGCUUUGCCCUCGUGCCGGACCGCCUCCUCGCCCCCCCGCGGCGUCCUCGGACUCUCGGCUUGAGGAAGGGUCUCUCCCCCCCCCGCGCGCGCGCUCCCUCAGCCCCUCAAGAGGGUCGCGUGAGGAGAAAAAAGGAGGAAGAAGAAGAGGAAGAGGAGGAGGAGGAAAGCCGUCGCCUUCGCCGCCGCCGCUCCGAACAACCGCCAAGCUGGACGACCGGCGGAAAAGCGAGCUCAGGAGGAUGGAAGAUGAAGCUGUGCUGGACAGAGGGGCUUCUUUCCUGAAGCACGUCUGCGACGAUGAGGAAGUAGAAGGUCACCAUACGGUCUAUAUUGGGGUUCACGUUCCUAAGAGUUAUCGGAGAAGAAGGCACCACAGAAGGAGGCCGAAGGAAAGGAAAGAAAAGGAGAAAACCACUGAAUCAGAUGUGGAAAAUAUUGAUGAGGUCGGCGGGCACAUCCUCAAGCCACUGAUCUCUCCCGCCGCCGAACGCAUCCGUUUCAUCUUGGGGGAAGACGAUGACAGCCCUGCACCGCCACAGCUGUUCACAGAACUGGAUGAACUUCUACCUGCGGAUGGACAAGAGCUGGAAUGGAAGGAAACAGCCAGGUGGAUAAAAUUUGAAGAGAAAGUUGAGCAAGGAGGAGAGAGAUGGAGUAAACCCCACGUUGCCACGUUGUCUCUUCACAGUUUGUUUGAACUGAGGACAUGUAUAGAGAAAGGCUCUAUUCUACUGGAUCUGGAGGCCUCAACACUCCCUCAAGUCGUAGAGAUGGUUGUGGAGAACCAGAUCGACACUGGCCUGCUAAAGCAAGACAUGAAGGACAAAGUCAUCUACACGCUGCUCAGGAAACAUCGGCACCAGACCAAAAAAUCCAACCUCCGAUCGUUGGCCGACAUUGGAAAGACCGUCUCCAGUGCAAGUAGGAUGUUAACCAACCCUGAUAAUGGUAGUCCAGCCUUGACACCCAGAAACCUGACGUCCUCUAGUUUGAACGACAUCUCUGACAAACCUGACAAGGAGCAGCUGAAGAACAAAUUCAUGAAGAAGUUACCUAGGGAUGCUGAGGCCUCCAAUGUGCUGGUUGGAGAAGUCGACUUUUUAGAAAACCCUUUUAUUGCCUUUGUGCGGUUGCAGCAAGCAGUCAUGCUUGGGGCUCUGACAGAAGUCCCCGUACCUACUCGGUUCCUGUUCAUUUUGCUGGGCCCAAAAGGCAAAGCAAAAUCCUACCACGAAAUCGGUCGAGCCAUUGCCACGUUGAUGUCGGAUGAGGUAUUUCACGACAUAGCCUACAAAGCCAAAGACAGGCAGGACCUGAUCGCUGGGAUUGAUGAAUUUCUGGACGAGGUAAUUGUGCUUCCUCCUGGGGAGUGGGAUCCUGCCAUAAGGAUAGAGCCCCCCAAGUCUCUUCCAUCUUCUGACAAAAGGAAAAAUCUGUAUGCAGGCGGUGAGAACGUCCAGAUGAAUGGAGAUACCCCUCAUGAGGGAGGAAAUGGAGGAGGAGGUCACGGGGACUGUGAGGAAUUGCAGCGAACUGGCAAAUUUUUUGGGGGUUUAAUCAAAGACAUCAAGAGGAAGGCCCCUUUCUUUGCCAGCGACUUCUACGAUGCCUUCAACAUCCAAGCCCUCUCUGCUAUUCUCUUCAUUUACCUGGCGACGGUAACCAACGCCAUUACUUUUGGAGGCCUGCUGGGAGAUGCGACAGAAAACAUGCAGGGCGUGUUGGAAAGUUUUCUGGGCACAGCCGUUACAGGAGCUGUUUUUUGUCUAUUUGCCGGCCAGCCACUUACUAUUCUGAGCAGCACUGGACCCGUUUUGGUCUUCGAACGACUUUUAUUUAACUUUAGCAAAGACAAUGGCUUUGAUUAUCUGGAGUUCCGCCUCUGGAUUGGCUUGUGGUCGGCCUUCCUGUGUCUCAUCUUGGUGGCCACCGAUGCUAGCUUCUUAGUUCAGUACUUCACCCGCUUCACGGAAGAAGGCUUCUCGUCUCUGAUCAGCUUCAUCUUCAUCUACGAUGCCUUCAAGAAGAUGAUCAAACUCGCCGAUUAUUACCCCAUUAAUUCCCAUUUUAAAGUGAACGAUAUUACGCUGUAUUCCUGUACCUGCGAGCCACCAGAUCCAGUGAAUAGUUCAUUGAUCAAUGAGACGGUUGCGUCGUCUCUGCCUUGGCUCGAUGAAAUGCACAACGAUACAAUUGAAUGGUCAUCCCUGACCAAGAAGAAAUGCUUGCAAUAUGGAGGAGUCCUCCUGGGGAAUAAUUGCAAAUACGUCCCUGACAUCACACUCAUGUCUUGCAUUCUCUUUUUGGGAACCUACACCUGCUCCAUGGCUUUGAAGAAAUUCAAGACCAGUCGUUAUUUCCCAACCAUUGCAAGGAAAUUGAUCAGUGAUUUUGCCAUCGUCAUUUCUAUUCUGAUUUUCUGUGGAAUCGAUGCUCUGGUCGGUGUCGAUACACCAAAACUUCUUGUGCCAAGUGAAUUCAAGCCAACAAACUCAGAUAGAGGCUGGUUUAUCACACCAUUCGGAGGAAACCCAUGGUGGGUAUAUCUGGCCGCAGCUAUUCCUGCUCUCCUGGUUACCAUCCUCAUCUUCAUGGACCAGCAAAUCACAGCUGUUAUUGUCAACCGUAAAGAGCACAAGCUGAAGAAAGGUGCUGGAUAUCACCUGGAUCUAUUCUGGGUGGCUGUGUUGAUGAUCAUCUGUUCCUUCAUGGGCCUGCCCUGGUACGUUGCUGCUACCGUGAUCUCCAUCGCUCACAUUGACAGUUUGAAGAUGGAAACGGAGACCUCGGCGCCUGGCGAACAACCCAAGUUUUUGGGAGUUAGAGAGCAGAGAGUGACUGGAUGUAUCGUAUUCCUUCUGACAGGCGUUUCGGUGUUCAUGGCCCCCAUCUUGAAGUUUAUUCCCAUGCCUGUCCUGUAUGGUGUGUUCCUUUACAUGGGUGUUGCAUCCCUCAACGGAGUGCAGUUCAUGGAUCGCCUGAAGCUGCUCCUGAUGCCUCUCAAGCACCAGCCCGACUUCAUCUACCUGCGACAUGUCCCCCUCCGCCGAGUCCACCUCUUCACCUUCCUUCAGGCCUUGUGCUUGGCUCUCCUUUGGGUCUUGAAGUCUACGGUAGCUGCUAUCAUAUUCCCCGUCAUGAUCCUCGCCCUCGUGGCGGUCAGAAAGGGGAUGGAUUAUCUCUUCUCCCAACAUGACCUCAGUUUCCUUGACGACGUCAUUCCAGAAAAAGACAAGAAGAAGAAAGAAGAUGAAAAGAAGAAGAAGAAGAAGAAGGGCAGCCUAGAUAGUGACAACGAUGACUCCGACUGCCCGUUCACGGAAAACGUGCCCAGUAUUAAAAUCCCGAUGGACAUUAUGGAGCAGCAACCUUUCCUGAAUGAUGGGAAGCCUACUGAGAAAGAAAAAUCAACAUUCCUUGAACGCCAUACAUCCUGCUGAUCAAAUUCCUCACUUCCAUUCCUACAUGCCAAGGCCUCCGCAAAAUCGUGACGGAAGUUGUGCCUCAGAGUAGAAUAGCGCUCAGCCCUGAAGACCAUGCCUACUUACCGGAAUAGCAAGGGAACAGAACACACUUUUGCAACUACUGCAUCUUUGUCCUUUUAUUGCGGGGGGUGGGGGAUCUCCCCCCAAAAACCCUGGCCACUUUAAGACUCGUGGACUUCAA